GCGGGAAGCAUGUCAAUGUGUCUACUGAAAACUUCUUCCAAAUCAGUACGAUCAAAGUGUCACGGUGGUAGUCACCAUCGCACGGCGGAUAUCCACCGCACCAACAACUCAUUUCAUCGAUACCAUCUUCUCCUUCUCUCUUCAAGAUUGUUGUUCUGCUUUUUCUUUUCGAUUUCCAUGUGGCAGGUUCUUCUGGCCGCGGCGGUGGCAGGAUCCACUGGACUGGUCGCGAAGCACGUUUUCGGCGCCGGUGUAAACCCUAAUGAGACUUUAAUUGCAGAAGAAUUGAAGAAAUGUGAUGAGAGUUGCGUAGAUCGGGAGGAAUCUGAUGGCAUUGUGAAGUUCGAGGGUUCGAUCGACACGGAAUUUGGGUCCCCUAUGGUCUCGAAUGGACUGAAUGAGUCUGAACGUGAGGGGAUUUUCAGGUUUUCUAGUUCGGAUUCUCGUGGAGCGACGAGCUCUCGACUUGGAUCGAAGAAUUUAAGGAAGAAAACUAGGAGUCGGUGCCGUGGAGCGGCAAAACAAGGUAAGGGUAAAAAUGUCGAAGUGGAAAAUUGUGCUGCUAGAGAAAUGGCGACGGAGCCAAAAAAGAGUUCGGGAAGGUUUUCUGUACUUUUGAAAAAGAGGAGAAUUACUAAGAACUUAGGUGCUUCCAAGAGUGAAUCCUGCUCUUCCAAAGAUGGCUCUCUAUUUCAUUGGGGAAUUGGUGUUGGAAUCAUGUACAUGAUGUCGGUAGGAAAAACAGAAAUAAAUAGGCUGAAUGUAACUGUGGACGAGACUGCAAAAGUUGUUCGAGAAUUAAAAUCAGAACUUUACAGGAGAAAAUAUUCACGUCAUGUGCAGGCAGGCAAAGCUAGAGAAAACUUGCAGCCAGUUCAUCCUGAAAUUGACAGGUCUAGCGCAGAGUUGAGGCGUCUUAACGAGGUGAGAAAUUACACACUGUCUAUGUUCGAUGAUGGGGAAUGUGGAAGCAGUGUUCUUACUGAAGAACCAGAUCCAGAGAUAAAUGAAAUGGAUGAAUUGGAAGCAGAACUCGCAACUGAAUUUGAAAAACUGCCAUGGUGUUCAUCUGAAGACACUUGCCAAGCCGGAGCUUUAACGGAACUGGAAAAGACCAAGGUUUCAGCUAUUGAAUUACAUGUUCCAGAGAACCCAAGAUCUGAUGCUUAUCCAUCGCACGGUGUAGUACCAGCGGAAUUGGAUCAGAAACUGUGCCAUGUGCUUAUUGAACAGCAGGAGAAUCAAAUUGUGGAGUUGGAAUCCGAACUCCAUGUCGCCCAAUCCAAGCUAAAUGAGAAAGAAGCUGAACUCCAAGCCUUGAAGGACUGUGUCAAACGCCUCACUGAAUUCUCUCUAACAACAGUUUCUGAUGAUGAAGCUGAAGCUCACACUGAGAAGAAGCAGAGCUGCAGCUCAUGGGAGCAAUCUAACCAAAUGGGCUGUGAGCCAAUGAGAUCAGUAGUAGUUGGGAUGAAAAGACCCGUUGAAUCUGAAACCUGGGAUUGCAAUGUAUGAUGAUAGGAUUAUAGAAUAGUUGCAAUAAAUAGUUAGAAAGCUGCCAGAUCUUAACUUACAUCAAAUUGUAGAUCUCCCACAAAACUGCAUGUGAUAGUUGAAUAUAUUAUGUAAUAUUAUACUUAGCACAUGAUAAUUGGAGCUGAACUUCUCUGAA